UAGUUCCACAACCUUCAGGAACUGUGUCCAAGCGCCUCUCUGGCCACUAAAGUCUUCAUCCAGAGGGACUACAGUGAUGGAACCAGCUGCAAGUUCCAGACUAAGUUCCCCUCUGAGCUGGAGAGCAGGAUAGAGCGCCCUCUACUGGAAGAGACGGUGAAGACACUGAACAGCUUCUACAGGGAGGCGGAGCGAAUCAGUGGCCACGCCUACCUUGAGGGCUGUCUCGCCUGUGCUACCGCUUACAUCAUCUACCUCUGCCUAGAUACACGCUAUGAGAAGGUGCUGAAGAACAUCUCUAGCUACAUUCAGGAGCAGAAUGAAAAGAUCUUCGCGCCCCGCGGCCUCCUCAUAACAGACCCCAUUGACAGAGGCAUGAGAGUGAUAGAGAUCUGUGUGUUUGAGGACCGGUGUUCCAGCGGAAGCUCCAGCAGCUGCAGUGGCAGUGGCAGUCCUGCAGGGGGCAGUGUGCGGUGACUGGAGGAGCAGCACCAGGACUUUGGGUAUGGGGGAGCAGGACUAGCCAGCAUCCGCAUGCUGAAACACGAGAGCACCCGAUUCUGAAGGGGGACCCAUUCCGCCCCUUUACAUCUCUACACACCAACAACCACACACACAUCAUACACACAGACACACACAUACCAUUAACUCUACACACCAACAACCACACA